AUGGAGAACAACCUGGCGCAGCAGCUCGAGGUUGUCCGAGCACAGGACAAGACGGUGAUGCUGCAAAAGUCCCUGAACAAGAAGAACAUCGAGGGGUAUCUGGAGAUGCGGGGUCGACGUAGCGGGUACGGCUUGCAAGAAAUUCCCGACCCGUACACUCGAGAUCCUAAUGCUGGCGCUGCCCUUGGCUUGCUAAGGACGUUGAUCCGGACCCCUUGUGCGCCGCGUGCUGUGAUUCCGAUGGAGGAUGUGUCAGAUAACAUCAACCUCAACGUCAUUGGUGCUCGAGUUAUGGAGCGUAACAAGAGAAUCCAAAUUCAAUCGCAGGCAGAACCAUCCUCUGUCCCUUCGACUUCCCUGAACUCUCAGCAACCGUCGGCAACUGACAAGAACGAGGACUUAACCGAGGAGUUCGAUGACAUCUUGGGCUCUGUGGACAUCGACGCGAUGGUGGCCACCGCAAAAGCCAAGAAACCCAGCGAAGUCGUCGACUUGUCCCGAAAUUCCAUUUCACCGUCCCCGCCCGCGGCAGUUCCAAGCGUCAAUCCCCGAACCAAUCACUUUCUUGAGUCUUCUACCAUCCCUGGGCCUGCACGGUACAAUCGCCAAGUAGCACAGCCCGCGACGACUUCAGUUCCAUCAACCGCUCCGUUGCGAUCCACCUCGACAAGUACCAACUACUCGACGCCACCAUUAUCGCUGGAGGACAACAUCGCUCGAAUUCGAUCCAAAUUGCGCGAUGUUCGUGAAGCUUGCGAUGACGCGGCACUGGAAGGAUUUGUGCCCGCUGAGCUGGAGGAGCAAAAGGAGCGGCUGGAAGGCGAGUUGUCGUCGAAAAUCGCCCAACUUCGUGCAAAGAACAGCCAAGAACAGGCCGCACCAACGUUGAGUCCAAGUCAGAUCCAAGAAUCCAUCAACGAGAUCCGCGGAAAGUUGCGCCGAGUCCGAGAAGACGUGGAUGACGCAUCGCUCUUUGGGGACGUCCCGGACGCCCUCGAAGCUGAGAAAACCAGGCUGGAACAAGCCCUGGCGCAACAGACUCUGCUGUUCAAACAAGCUCGAAACAUCGUACCGUCGCCAGUGGUUACUCAAUCUUCGUCGCAUGCAAAACCAAACUCGGCCAGUUACGACAGACCUCAUGACAGCAACCCCCCUAUCACAACCACCCGUUACUCGACCAGGACUGGCGAAGCUCGAGGGGACCUUCACAUGGUGGCGGCGGCGCCAGAUUCAUCAUUGAAAAAUGACCACCAAGUACGAUGCACCUGUGGCCAAGUGACGAGCACGCAAAACGUUUCGUACGGCAAGAACGCUGGCCGUGUGUUCAACCGCUGCGAAUCGUGCGGAUUUCAUUCGUGGGUCGACGGCGGCGUCAGUUCGUCCGCAAGCUGCUCUAGCGCCACAUCGACGUGGAAUGCUGGCCAUUCAAUGGAAUGCCCGCCGCCCACGGGACCGCAACUGGGGGAUAAGAUGAAGCGCGCCAAGUUUCUUCUGCGCGAUGUGUUUGGCCAUUCUUCGUAUCGUCCCGGCCAAGAACGCAUUGUCCAAGAAGCGCUGGCUGGGAAAGACGUGUUUGUGCUGAUGCCUACUGGCGGAGGCAAGAGCUUGUGCUACCAACUCCCGGCGUGUGUCGACGACGGCGUGUCUAUUGUGAUUUCCCCGUUGGUGUCGCUGAUUGAAGACCAAACCCAGCAAUUGCAAGCGUUGGACGUGGACGUGGCGCUCUUGAACGGCGACCAAGACUACGACACGGUGCAGCGCCCGAUCAUUUCGCAGCUGUUUUCCAACAACAUUACCAUCAAAAUGCUAUACGUGACACCAGAGAAGAUCGCAUCCAGUGGCCAACUGGGCAAGUUGUUUGAGUCGCUGGCGGCGCGAAAGCUCCUCGCGCGGUUCGUAGUCGACGAAGCGCAUUGCAUCAGUCAGUGGGGCCAUGACUUUCGAAAAGACUAUAUGAAUCUGGGCACCCUGCGGAAUCGAUACCCCAACGUUCCUAUCAUGGCGCUCACGGCGACGGCAAACCAUCAAACUGAAGCUGAUAUUGUGCGAAACUUGCGCCUCGCCAAGCCGUUUGUCACGCGUUCGAGCUUCAAUCGACCGAAUUUGUCGUACGAUGUGCGCCGAAAGGGCCCCAAGUUCAUGGACGAACUCGUGUCGUUUGUGAAGGAUCGGAUGGACCAAUCUGGCAUCAUCUAUUGCUUGUCUAAGAAAGAUUGCGAAAACACGGCCGACAAGAUCAUUCGAACGUUGGGCUUGGAAGGGACUGCCAAGGCCAAGAAGAUCUCAUUUUACCACGCCGGGUUGGAACCCGCAGAUCGAUCCAAGCGGCACCACGACUGGAGCAAAGGGAACAUCAAGCUGAUUGUGGCCACCGUCGCGUUUGGCAUGGGCAUCAACAAGCCCGACGUGCGCUAUGUGAUUCACCACACGAUACCUCAAUCGGUCACGCAUUAUUACCAAGAGUCUGGCCGUGCCGGACGAGAUGGGGAACAUGCCACUUGCCUGUUGUAUUACUCGUUCAAGGACUUGUCCCGUCGACGCAACUUGAUCGCGCAAGAUCGAGAUAACCCACAGCAUCAAAACGUGCAUUUUCAGAAUCUGCGGCGCAUGGUCGAGUUUUGCGAAAAUCAAGUCGAGUGCCGGCGCACGUCGUUGCUCGAGUACUUUGGUGAGCAUUUCUCGAGCGACAAUUGUCACCACACGUGCGACAACUGCAAAGCUCGGUCCAACGGCGCCGCGUUUGAAAAGAAGGACGUGACCGCCGACUGUUUGAAGAUCUACAGCAUUGUGGAACGAAGUGCCAGCGAAGGCGAGUCGCUGACGGUCGUGCAAGCGUCGGCCGUGUUUAUGGGUACUAUCAGCAAAGAUCAGCAGAAACGAAGGGCGUUCAUCGAAGGGUUUCACGAAUUUGGAGCGGGCAAAGGGCGGUACGACCGCAGCGAAGUCGAACGGAUCAUUUACAACAUGAUCUUGCGCCAGUAUUUGGACGAACUAGAGAAGAAGAAUGCGAUGGGGUUUUCAUCCAAUGUGCUGGUCACCGGCGCCAGUGGACGCAAACUUGUGCAAGGGGAAACUGUCGCUCUGGUGUGCAAAACCAAGCGGCAGCCCUUGAUCGUAGCCCCUCCAUCUGCCGCCCUUGCACUAUCUGGACGAAAGGAGCACGGCAAGGCGUCCAAGAAACCAGCGAAAACGUCCAAACACCAAGCGCACUCGACGACGACCGUAGUCCACCUCACGCAAGGGGGGGAUGACGAAGUGAUCGAGAUGUUUGCUGGCAUGACGCGGCCGAAACCCAUGGGCGCGCGCGUGUCGAUGCAUCAUGUCGAGGCGCUGCACCAGUUGCUCAUGGAUUGGCGCGCCAGUGUCUGCGACAACUUUGACGUGAUGCCGUAUCACAUUUUACCCACGUCAGGCAUCGUAGCGAUUUCCGAAGCCGUGCCUGUGACAUGUGCGGAACUCAUGGCCAUCGAAGGGGUCGGUCGAACGCGCGUUAAGAAAUGGGGCGAGGCCAUCAUCGACGUCGUCAAGUCGUACUUGACCAAGAACGGAAUCGAGCCGACCCCGUUGCCUGCUGGCUACUUGGACCAACACGAAGACCAUUCACCCCCGAAAGAACCCUCGAAAUCCAAAGCCAAGUCGCCCUACUUUAAUCAAUCCGUACAACGAACGACAUGUACGAUGUUUUGCCUCAGUUGCAUUCUCAUAUGUAGAAACCACCCCCACGGGACGAAUUUGAUGACGACAUGGAUUGGGCGAUCGUUGGCGACUUGGAAGACGCGAUCAUUCCGGCCAAGCGACCUGGUACAGUUGCGACCAUCGACUUGAGUGGCGACUCCAAGCGCAAAAAGGUGUACGAGUAGCUACACCUUUCGAAUGGAUUCCUAUCCUAUUGUGGGCUUUGCUAUCGCCUUGAUAUUUAUACU